AAAAAUAGCUGGUUUCGAUUGGCCACUGUGCUUUUUCUUCUCUGUAUCUUAUCAUCUCCUUUGCUUUCCUUCACUCUAUUGCCCGCCAUUGUUUCUUCUUGUUCUUCCUCAUCUGUUAUCUUUUCCUUCCAUUUCUUUAGAGAAACGUAGGAGAAUACCAGAAGUAGCAAAGUGUCUUCAAACAGCCCUUUUCUUUAGGUGGGUUUUUAACUUUGGGGAUUUUCAAGAAAAGAAAAAAAAAACUUUGGCCCCUUCUUUCUCUAGCCUCCUUUUGAUUUUUGCUGGUUUCUUUCUUUCUGGGUUUUCCCAUUUUUUGCUCUGUUUUUUUUUCCCUUUUGGGUGUUUGUGUAGCUUCAAUCUCACGCUCGCACACUUCCUUCCCCUUCCUUUUCCUUUUCAUGUGUAACUUUCCUGAAAAAUUUCUCGUCCUUUAAUGGCUUUUUAAAGAGGGGGUUUUAAAAAUACCAUUAAUGGUGGGUUUCACUCCGUUUCAGGGCUUUCUUUAACGUGUUUUCUCUUUCAGCUUUCUUUUUCCUUGUUUAUUCCUUCUUCUGUUUACUCGCUAUUUCAUUCCCUUUUGCCUUCGCUUUCCAUGAGAAUCUGAUUCAUUUAACUUGUAAUGAAUAUGGAUUUGGACUCUGUUUUUCCCUUCCCCAUCAAAUACACCGAGCAUCUCAACCAUGUUAAGCUCACUUCAAUGCCGGAAAUCAGGCCUAGGGUUGUACGGAUUUCCGUCACCGACGGUGACGCAACUGAUUCCUCCAGUGAUGAUGAGUCUGAAAUGUUUGGUCGCCACAGAGUCAAGAAAUUUGUGAAUGAAAUUACGAUUGAGCCGUCUUGUUCUGGCGAAGGGAACGGAAUCUGGGGUCUGAAUAGAUCGGCGAGGACUCGCCUGAGACGCUCCACGGGAAAAUGUGGGGCGCCAUCGAGGAAUCGUCGGUCGGCGAAGGGUACUCCCGGGAAGAAGUUCCGUGGUGUGAGACAGAGGCCAUGGGGAAAAUGGGCGGCGGAAAUCAGAGACCCACUCCGCCGUGUACGCCUCUGGUUGGGAACUUACGACACGGCGGAGGAAGCCGCUAUGGUUUACGACAACGCCGCCAUUCAACUCCGGGGACCCGAUGCACUCACCAAUUUCACAACCCAACAACCAAAAUCGUUCGACGGAAAAUGCUCUGGCUACAACUCUGGCGAGGAAUCGAACAACAUUUGCUCUCCAACCUCCGUCCUCCGAUGUCCUUCUCCACCCAUCGAAGAAGCCCAAUCGCAAAUCCCCGGCGAGCAAGACAACUCGUGCGUGUCGGAAAAUUUCUCGUCGGAGUUCUCCGACUUCUCGAGCUGUUCCGAUACCUUCAUUCCCGACGACAUUUUCGCCUUCGAAACUUCGAUUCCAACCUUAUUCGAUGAUAUGGGCCUACAAAAUCAGACCAACUUCUUCAGCAACGACGGUUUCUUCAACGGCGUAUUUCACAGUCCGGUCGAAGAAAUCGGAUUCGGGUUCGAAUACCCGACUCCACCACCCGACGAUUUCUUUCAAGACUUCAGUGAUGUGUUCGGGUCGGAUCCUCUCGUCGCACUCUGAAGCUUUUCCGUCGCCGUUUCAUGGCAAAGUUUUGCUCCGGCCGGUGUUCUCUUUUAUUAUUGUUUUUAAUUUAAUUCUGUAAUUGUGCGUGUUUUUUUUUUUUACUAUUAUUAAAUAUGAAUGAGAGAAGGUGUCCGUCACGUUAACGGCGAUGGAUGAGUUUGUUUAUCUACAUGUUCAAUUUCCUUUUUUCGUUCCGUUUCUGGACCGUUUCCCUUUGUAACAGAGCCACGUUUUACUUAUUCACGUGACUGGCACGCUUAGAAAAAGAUAAACCAAUAGUACGGAGGAGACUACAGAAUCCCUCCAAGUUUUUCUUUUUUAAAAAAGGAAAAUUUGAAUACACGUGCAGAGCACACGUGCCACUCGACCGAGCCUGGCUACC